AUGGGCUGCCAGCAUCAAUGCUCCGGGUUGUGUUGGAACGGAGAUAAGUACCCUCUUCCCUUGAACCCUUGCCGUUCCGCAUGCAUGCGCCCCUCUCCUCGCUGCCACGAGCGCCACUCGCUGCACGCCUGCUCACCACCACACGCAAGGGCUCCCCCCACACUCGGGUAUCAGGUUCGCCCAACAGCUGAAACUUCUCCAGUCAACGACGCCGUUGCUGUUGUCCGAUUGAACGGCUCCGCUGCUGCUGUGGAUGCUGCUGGGCUUUGCUUUCGUUUCCAGCGCUCAUUCAUGCACGUGGCCCUGUGUGCUGCAGCUGUGCGUGCUGCCAUGCCAUGCCCACUCACCCCUGCCAUGUGUUGGCCCUUCCCCUCCCCUCUUCCUUGCCUGUCUGCCUCGCCUGCACAUCUGACUUCCAUCUGCCUGCCCCUCUCGCCUCCACUUAACUUCCUCUCCGAGUCUCCCCUUCCAUUCCCUCCCCUCGCCCCCAUGAUCACCCCUUCGCCCAUCCCCCAGCAGCCCCUCUGGAGGCGAGUUCGCAGCACUCCCAGCAGCGCCUCUGGGUGGUGUGAGGGGCUUCAGUGGCGGCAGCACAGCAGCCUCAAGGCGCCACUUGCAGCCGCACCAGAUAAGCCCCAGCAGCCCCUCUGGUGGCGAGUUUCCAGCACUCCCAGCAGCACUUCGGGUGGUGUGAGGCGCGUCAGUGGCGGCACCACAGCAGCCUCAAGCCUCAAGGCGCCACCGCCACUCACAGCCGCAUCAGCAUCAGCAGCCAGUCCACUCCUGCAGCAGAGGCGCAUGCGGGCAGGCCAAGGGGUGGCACUCCAGCCAGCCAGAGGGAGAGCAUGCAGGCUGCCUACUGCUGCACAAGUUUCUGUUUACAACCGUUGUUCACCCCUCUCCCCUCACUUGUUUCCCUUCUCCUCCAUGCCUCCCCGUCUCUCCCUGCAGCAUCAACAGCCAAGCUCAUGCAAGCAGGCCAAGGGGUGGCACUCCUGCCAGAGGGAGAGCGUGCGGGUGCUUACUGCUGCACAAGGUGAGCUGCUUCCCCUCUCCGCCUUAUUUCUCCAGUUCUUCCUGCUGCCGUUCUCAUUUGUUCGUUUCCUUUCCUCUUUGGUCCUUGCUGCAUCCUUUGUUUCGUCUCCCUUCAAAUGUGAGCCCCUGGUCGUGCCACAGCUUUAA